CCCUCCAUUAAAAUUACCUCCAUGGCGUACGCAAGUGCAUGCCCCUCCUUUCUAAUACGGCUAGAAGGUUGCGCACAGUCGUAACAACAGCUAUGCUUUCAACCACCACCAUCCGCGUUGUCGACGAACCAAGCGAGGAGAAGAAAGGUCGCCCAGCGCAUUGGACCUCUGAUAAGCCUGUGUGGUUCCAGAAUCCAUGGCCGAGCUGGAGGACGAACGGGAGGCUAGAUGCGCUUAGCAUGCUUGCGUAUAUGACACGGAACAGACCUGAGCUGCCUAAAGUCGGGAUUCCUAUCAGAACGCCGACAUGGGGCGGGGAGGAGGAGGAGCAUAAGGGAGAGGUGAAGGCGACGUGGUUGGGGCACGCUUGUUUUCUUGUCGAGUUGCCAUUCGUCGCAUCGCUAGGGAGAGGUGCGAGGGUGCUGUUCGACCCUGUGUUCAGUGAUAGGUGUUCGCCCAGCCAGUAUUUCGGUCCAAAGAGGUAUUCCGAGCCGCCGUGUAAGAUCGAGGAUAUACCGGAGGUGGAUGCGGUCGUCAUUUCGCACAAUCACUAUGACCACCUAGACACCCACACCAUAACCACGCUCUUCAAACGCCCUCGCCAGCCCCACAUUUUCGCUCCCCUAGGCAACGAAAAAUACUUCGACUCAAUCGGCAUACCCAAAGGCCACGCACACACCCUAGACUGGUGGGACGCCCGACGCGUAGAGAUACCCGACACCUCUUUCAAACUCACCUGCACCCCCGCACAGCAUUUCACCGGCCGCGGGAUUCAUGACCAGGGCAAGACCCUCUGGGCGAGCUGGGUUGCGGAGGGAGAGGGGGGUAAGAAGGUGUAUUUCGCGGGUGAUACUGGGUAUCGGUCCGUCAAGGAUGGGGAGGCUGAGGAGGAGAGGCCGACGUGUCCUGUUUUCAAGGAGAUUGGGGAGAGGUUUGGUGGGUUUGAUUUGGCGAUGAUCCCUAUUGGGGCGUACGAGCCGAGGUGGUUCAUGUCGACCAUACAUUGUGCGCCACAAGAUAGCGUCCGCAUCUUCAAGGAUGUCAAGGCGAAGAAGGCGGUUGCUAUGCACUGGGGGACGUGGAUCCUAACAACAGAAGAGGUUACCGAACCACCGAAAAGAUUAGCCGAGGAGUGCAAGAAGAUCGGGAUAGAAGAGGGCGAUUUUCUUGUCAGCGAUAUCGGCGAGACGAAAUACUUUUAAUACUCUUUAUUUAAGGCAAUCAGUAUAUUUUAGUAGACAUGAACUGCACUGUGAAACAUAUUCACGGCGUGCUAUAGAGCUCACACUUCUGACAAAAGGUAAUCAUUCAUUCGCAUGUUUUCGCUGAUUCGUAACCCAGGGAAUUGAACUAUGGGUGCGAUGUCAACUUGCCAUUUGAACUAACAGGCCGACAAGGAUCGGGGAUCUUUUCCCCUGCCUUUCGGCUAUGGGUGAACAAAAGCUAGUGGGGCGCUUUCCGUGCUAGCGCUCAGGCCCAGGUAGCAAGAAAUAAUCGAGGUUCAACGUCGGUUCCGAGGUCUGAGAUCUGAGAUUAUAGUGACCAUAAAAUAAGGACGCAAGUUGUUCAU